AGGAAAAAAAAUAGCAUCCUGUUUUUUGCUUACAACUUCAUAUCAUCGAAUCUUCCCUUUUGAAUAGAAGAAUACAAAUUUCCAAGCUUUUAAAAUCAACUCAUUUACCUCUUCAUUGCAUUGCAUGAUCCAUUCCUUAUUUCUUUGUGUAAACUAUAAAAUAUUCAACUCGUUCUUCAGAAACACGCUUUUCAUCUUCUCUACAUUUGCAAUUCCAAGUUCCAACACUCUCUUUUUUGGUUCCUCAGAUGGCACAGUUUACCCCCUCAGGUAAAUCUGAUGAUCCCACAAACGGAGAGUGCAACGAAAGUGGACUGGUCGUUUGUUUUGGUGAAUUGUUGAUAGAUUUUGUGCCUACGGUGGGUGGAGUGUCUCUAGCCGAAGCACCUGCUUUCAAGAAAGCUCCUGGUGGUGCUCCUGCGAACGUGGCAGUUGGCAUCUCUAGGUUGGGGGGUUCAUCUGCAUUUCUAGGGAAGGUUGGAGCAGAUGAAUUUGGGUAUAUGUUGGCUGAUAUUUUAAAGCAAAAUAACGUGGAUACAUCUGGCAUGCGGUUUGAUUCUGAUGCCAGAACCGCAUUGGCUUUUGUUACACUUAGAGCUGAUGGCGAGCGCGAGUUCUUGUUUUUCCGAAAUCCUAGUGCUGAUAUGCUUCUGGAUAAGUCAGAGCUUGACCAUAACCUCAUUGAGAAGGCUAAAAUAUUCCAUUAUGGUUCCAUCAGUUUGAUUGAUGAACCAUGCAAGUCAGCUCAUCUUGCUGCCUUGAGAAUUGCUAAAGACUCUGAUUGCAUUCUCUCAUAUGAUCCGAAUUUGAGAUUGGCACUAUGGCCAUCAGCUGAGGCUGCUCGGAAUGGUAUAAUGAGCAUAUGGGAUCUAGCCGAUGUCAUAAAGAUCAGUGAAGAGGAGAUUACUUUUUUGACCGGUGGUGAUGAUCCUUAUGAUGAUGAUGUUGUAUUAAACAAGCUUUUUCACCCUAAUCUCAAACUUCUAAUUGUUACCGAAGGGUCAGAGGGUUGUAGAUAUUACACCAAGGAUUUUAAGGGCAAAGUUGAAGGUGUCAAUGUUAAACCUGUUGACACAACUGGUGCUGGAGAUGCAUUUGUUAGUGGGAUUCUCUACAACAUAGCUUCUGACCCAAGUAUUUUCGAGAAUGAGGAGCAUCUCCAGAAAGCGCUAUAUUUCGCAAAUGUAUGUGGUGCGAUCACCGUGACAGAGAGAGGGGCAAUUCCUGCACUACCUACAAAAGAUGCUGUCCUGCAAUUCGAUGCAAAAUAGCAACCCCAGCUGUUAUAAAAUGUAGUGUUUGUUUUUUAAGCUAUAGCAAUUCGAUGCAAUUCUUUUGUAUCAUUGAGGCUGUAUUUUUCCAUUAUAUAAUAAGUUCAAUAUGAGUUGCUAUCUCAAGCUAUGGCUUAUAUAGUUAUACAUACAUAGCAGCUGAGCACACAGAUUAGUGUUCAGAAUCAGAUUAAUUGUUGUAGUAGACUUAAGAUUUUGCAAUAAACCGAAGGUACAAGAAAGAAAAAUCAAGAAAUGAUAAAUAUCUUUGAUCAUUUUUGUAAA